GGGCCACGUGGUGAGACUGUUAUCUGAUUGGGCUGUGAAAACCCUCCGCGGGAUCGAUGCCGCUCUCCGCCGACGCUGCUCUAUCGAGGUCCUGUAAAGCAAGCAGAGCCCAAGAAAGCCAGGACUUUACCCAGCGAGCAAGUUCUGACUUUCGGCGAUCCGAAAAGAUUAGCCGCAAGAAAAUACUGCGAAGGUGCUCAACCCUAUUGUCUCACAUAGGUCGCUGUUGUCACGCUCACGCAGGUACACGAGCCGGAAGUUUGCAGAACGUCUCAGUGAGUGAUAUUAUUUUCAUCGUACUUUGAUGUAGUACUACAGAUGUACUGGCAUGCUCGAGAACUUAAGUCCCGUUCCCCCAGCCUCGAUGUAUGAGAGGGCGUUGCAUAUAUCAACGGAAUAACGUCCGCGGUGUGAAAGAGGACUUGGC